AUGCGGCGGCACCUAUUCGCGGCCAGAGUCUCCACAGCGGUCUGCUGUGCGCCUUCGUCGUCGUCGUCUCUGUUACUGAUGCCAACAACAGUGGUGGUGGUGGUGGUGGUGGCGCGCAGGUUUCAGCGCAGCGCCCCGGGGCGAGUGCGUCUGCAGAAGGAGGGGCUGCAAUCUUCGACUGCAUCUUCUACUUCAUCGUCGUCCGGCACGGCCUCUACGCUGCAGCAGCAGCAGCGUGACACCGGCACGAGGGUGUUUCUCAACACAACGGGGAUGCCAGUGGGUGGUGUGGAGGAGGGCCGCCGAGGGUUCCUCGGCUUUGGACGCCGUGCAGGGCGCGCUAUGCCGCUGAACCCACUCUUAGCUCUGCGCCCGAAGAACGAGGAGCCUGAUGAGGACCGCAUUACCGCUCGCUUUCUGCAGGCGGUGCAGCAACUAAACGGCAAGCGGCGCAGACGCAACGAGAGCUUGACGCUGCAACUAACAGAGGAGCAGCGGCAUGACAUUGUCAACCGCUACGCACAGACGCGCUGGUAUGGCUUCUUGUGGCGCCCUGCCCGAAACGUGACGGAGCGGCAGUUCAAGUGGUGGCGCCGCUUCGCCCACCUUGCCCUCCUUGUGGUGGUGCUCUUCGGUUUGGGCACUGCGCUGCUACUGUACUACCGUGAGGUGGAGACGGUGCUGCAGCUGAGUCCCGAGGAUCGCCGUGAUUACCAGCACAUAGUAACUGGCAUGCGUUUCAGUGAAAUCUACAACCUUGCGAUGGAGGUGCUGCGCAAGGAGGACCCGCUCGAGGCGCUGCCGAUGCCGGCGCGUUAUCAUCUGCUGCUGGAAGCGGCGCGAGCGCGCGGGUGGCACACAAUGGACUGGGAGCUCGA